CUGCCAAGUGAAGGACAACCUCCUCCUCCUCCUCCAGCGGCGACAAGUACAGACAAUCGACGGAGGAGAAUUGAGCGAAUUAUCUACUUUUCCGCUCCUCUUCCCGGACGUAACGAUCGGCGAGGUCCCGGCUCUCUACACGCCGUUAUCGAGCGAGCCGCGACCGCACUGAUUGUCGUCAAUAAGCGGUGGGAACGGGACCGGUGAUUUGGAGGGGGGGUUCCCCGGCAGAUGAUGCCCUUUCCAGCGGGCCGCUGAGGAGCAGCUUCCCUCCAGCAGCUUCUUGUUGUUGUUGUCGCGGCGCGGUUGAUGCGGAGGUGAUGGACGGUCCUCUCCGCCGCCCAGCGGGGAUCCUAGGCUCCCCCCCGGCUUCUGGGAGCCAGCCCGCGGGCUCCGACAUGCUCACCUCCGGCGGCAGCAGUAGCAAGCCGCUCGCUUUCUCCAUCGACCGGAUUAUGGCCAGGACGCCCGAGCCCAAGUCAAUACCGCUCCCCAGCUGGUUCCAGUCCGCUCCCGUGGGGAAACCCGACGUCUGCCCGUCCUCGCUUCAUUGUAUGAUACCGCUGGUGCCGCUCGGGUACGAGCCGGGCCACAGGCUCAGCAUCACCGGGCUGGAUCCGGGUCACUUCGAGGCGUCUUCAGUCGCCGCUCCCGCAGACUUUUUGGGCUUUGGGUUGAACUAUAAGAACCAGCAGGAGGACUCCGCUGUGAGCCAAAGCGCCGGCCAGUACAAACUCUUCAGACCCCGGGUGGUGAACCAGUCCUCCUUCCCCACCAUGGGUACCGUGUGCUACCUGAACUGUAGCGGGGACACGGGCGUCGGUCCCCCGCCGGCCGGCCUGGUCAACCUGCACCCGAUGGCCUCGUACCUGCUCACCGCCCGGCACAAAGCCUUCAUGGCGGAGAAGAGCAAGCCGGGCCUGCAGCAGGCCGGGGAGCGGUACCCGGUGUCCGGCGUGCAGGCCUUCAAGGAGCUGUCUCACAGCCACAUCCAGCACUACAUGAAGGAGCGGGACCACCUCCUCACAGACAAGAUCUUCAAGGAGUCCGCGGCCGCGGCGGCUCGACUCAGCGGCUCCUGUCCCGGCAGCAAACCCAAAGUUUUCACCUGCGAGGUCUGCGGCAAGGUGUUUAACGCGCACUACAACCUGACGCGCCACAUGCCCGUGCACACCGGCGCGCGGCCCUUCGUGUGUAAAGUGUGCGGGAAAGGCUUCAGACAGGCGAGCACACUGUGCCGACACAAAAUCAUCCACACUCAGGAAAAACCGCACAAGUGUAACCAGUGCGGGAAAGCCUUCAACCGCAGCUCCACGCUCAACACGCACACGCGCAUCCACGCGGGAUACAAACCGUUCGUGUGCGAGUUUUGCGGGAAAGGAUUUCAUCAGAAAGGCAACUACAAGAACCACAAGCUGACGCACAGCGGGGAGAAGCAGUUUAAGUGUUCCAUCUGCAGCAAGGCGUUCCACCAGGUGUACAACCUCACCUUCCACAUGCACACGCACAACGACAAGAAGCCCUUCACCUGCCCCACCUGUGGCAAGGGCUUCUGCAGGAACUUUGACCUGAAGAAACACAUCAGGAAGCUGCAUGACUCGGCCAGUCAGCAGUCGCCCCCCCAGGCCUGAGAGACACUGACCUCUGACCUGAACAGUGACUCUGCAAACCUUCAUCCCAACACACCAAAAAAAAAAAGAAGACCUCUCCAUCGGAUCCAGAUCUCAACUUUAGUCCUCAUAAGACAAAUUCACAAAAGCUCUGCAGGCGUUACAAAGAUUUUUCAUAAAUAGGUAACUCAUGACUUUAUAUUCAUACUUUGGGUGCUUUGUUCCAUCAAAGCUAUAAUUUAUGCCCUGCAGCGACUCAGCAUGUUUCUUUUAAUCAAUAAUUGAUGACCUAAAAUCACUGAACCAUGUUCUCAAAUGACUUCAACUGACCACUCACUUCUCUCCAGUGCAGCCAUGAAAUUCCUCUUCCACAGUGUCCUCACAUUACAAAUUAGUAACUCAAACAUACUCAUUUGUACGCUCACUGUCGUGCUUUUGUUGCCUCAAAUGAGCCAUUUGUGUCCUUGAUUAGUUGGAGCAGUAAAUAUUCCUCUCUCAGAUGCCUUGAUUUGACCUCUCUCUUCUCUGCUGUGCAGCAGUGACAUUUAAAAAACAACAACUUUGUAGCUGCUUUUUAAAACCGAUUGUUAAAACUAACUUAAAUUCAUUAGAUUUGCGUCUUUUGAGACAAAAUGUCCUCAAAUUACAAAAUAUUUCCUCAAAAUGCCCAUCUCUGUACUCAGUGUGAUGCUUUUGUUCCAUCAGAUUACUUAUUUGUACCUGUAAAUUACUUAAUUAGUUUCCCCAAAUCACUGAAUUAUCCCGUUAGAUGACUCAUCGUGGCCCUGUGCUUCUUUCUGGUGCACCUAAGUUAAAACAUUUUAUUAAAUACAUUCUGCAAAUGAGCAAUGUUCUCUGAUGAAAAUCGAGGCCAUAGCAACCACUGAAGUCACUGAGAUCACAUCUCUGUGUUGGUUGUGGGAAAAUCUUUGUUUUUUAGCAUCUGAGGAGGAUUUUAUGAUCUAAUUGCUGAUCAGUUUCAAUGGCUGAUUGUGACAAAAUACCUUUAAAUUUGACCUUUUUAAGACUGUGAACUCAACUUAUAACAUCUAUAUAAUUUCCUCCAAAAUACAAACAAAGGUGCAAAAUGUAUUCCCUUUAAAUUAUUAAUUUAGACUCAAAUUAGUUCUAUUUACCAUAUUUACCCGUGAUUUACUGAAUUAUGUUUUCAGAUGACAUUUUGGUUGAUUUAACCAGCUAUGAAGUUAAAAGUAUAUUUUAAUGAACAAAUUUCCACAUUCGAUCAAAGGUUUCUCAAAGCAAAAAGAGUUGAUGUUGCCUUCACUGAAGUGAUACACUAAUGUGAAUGUUAUUCCAGGGAUUUUGGUUUUUAAUGUACCAUUGAGGAAAAAAUACAAAAAAAACAUACGUACACAUGAUACUGAACAAAUUGGACUUGUAUUCAGUCCAACUUACUGAAUCAAACGACCUAUUACAAUAAACAUUUGAGGGGAUGAGCUGCUAAAUUGCAGGAGCUUCUGCUAACAAGAGAACAAAUUUGUAAUUUAUGGAAAAUAAUCUUUUACCUGAAACUGUGUUGUGAACUUUGCCAAAAAGCUUUAAUUUUUUUUUUUAAAUGAUCAUUCCACCGAUAAAGGUGCAUUUCCAUCAAGCAGAGGAAUCUGAAGGAGACAGAUGGGUCAAACUCUGAGAACAUGAACUCAAUUUCAGUCCUUUCUCAUAUUGAUAAAUAUCGCUCGGGUGUCACAUUGACAUCCACACAAAAGUCUACAAUAGGAGGAAUGAUAAAUUGACUCAUAAUGUAUUUUCAAACCCAUGGUCAUGCUGUGGACCACACACUUGACCCCUCCUCUUGAACUCAACCCUGCAAAAAAAAAGCCAUCAGGAACCAUCCCCUGAGGCCCUGCAACCAAAAUCUACGUCUCACCCUCUCCCCUGACCUCGGACCCCUCUGGCCCUGAUGCCGGCUUGGACGCUGACCUGAGAGAACCUCCUGAGCGCCUGCCAUGUUUCUGUCUCCCUCAGCUUGUGUUGGACUGAGGACACUUGACGGAAGACAAACUGAACUUUCACUCUAACGUCCUCUGAUUCUUAGUCAAUUAUCGUAUUAAAAUGGUGGCUAAUUAUUAUAUCAUUAGUCAUCAGUGUUUGCUGGUGUUGAGUAUCUUCCAGUUGCAUCUCAGGAUGUGAGAUUGAUGAACUCUGAGACCAGAGAUGCAGCAGAGGUGAAACGUCACACAUCAGAUUUUAUUGUCAACAACAAGGUUUACACCAACAUUUCAAAGGACACAUCAGGUGACAGUCUGUUUUUCUGAUUGUCAACUAAACCAUGAAAAAAACCAUCAAUGAAAACCAAUAAGUACUGUGUUACUGACACAGCACAUCUUCGUCCUCUGAGCCAUAGAGCUUCAUUGUUGUCCAGACACAUCAGUGAGCCACACCCACUGAACUGAUUUUUCUUUAUCAUGAACACACACUUGCUGUAGUUUAUUUUAACUCAGUUCCACACAGGCCACACAGUUAUGAAUGUGUAUUCUUCCACCUCUGAAAAUAGUCCCAACAAUGAGCAGCUGUAUUAGGAAAUUACUGAGACUGUUUCUUAAAAAUGUAUCUGAUGAAAAAGUAUUGAGCCACCUAUACUCUAUGUAUAUUGUGGGGGGGUCAGUAUUGGGCCAAGCAACAAAUUUGAGCCCCUCAGGAAGUUAAAGGGGCCAUGAUGUACAUGCUGAUUGGAUGUGAACAAACUCAAAUGACUUUACAGUGACAGAUUUAACCUCUGUUUGAUAUCAAAUCCAAACACCCAUGGACCACACUGCACUCAGCUUCACCUCUGCAUCUCUGGUCCUGAUUGACGGAGCUGAAGAUUUCUCCUCAUUAGUCAGUCUUCUGUUAUUUUUUAUUUCAGUCUCAGGAUCAUUGUAAAAAGAAGUGUUUUAUGAUAUUUAUUUUAAAAUGUGCCACUGUUAUAACUUAAAAGAGAAGCGCUGAACUGAAGACUAUGUUAUAUGAAAACUAAAGUUUCUUGUUGUCGUGAAA